AUGGCCGGAAGACGCUGGCUACAGACAGUGUCAGCGCCUCCCAGUUUGGUUCAUCUCCAGCUCACUGGUCCGAGUGAGAAAGCCUUAGGAGGGGUAGCAAGGCGCUUUCUACUCAGCAGAGAGCGACAACAAGAAGGAAACAUCAGAGCAGAUGAUAAUUCCUUGCCAAUCAGUGAACUGAGCAGAACGUUAUGGAAUCAAGAAUACCUUGCUUUGACAUUUUCCAAAUCACCUCAGCCAGGUAGAAAAAAGAGAUCAAGAUCUUCAGAAAUACAAGUUAUAGUUCCUAGACAUGAUAAAAGAUGUUUAAAGGAAGUUCAGAAGCCAGCUCAUAUAUGGAUAAGGCAUUCUUUAAGAAAAAAAUUCCAAAGACCAUCUGUUUACUUAACUAUCAGGAGAGAGGUUCCAUUUAGACAUCCUUAUGCUCCCAAAAUUCAUUCUAAGAGAAUAGAAUGGAAAAAUUCAAAAGAUAACAAAAUAACAACUUUGAAGAAAGGUUCCAAGAAAAAUGCAAGCCCAUAUGAAGCAACUGCAGAAUUCAAGAAAACAUUAAAUGAUGAGAAAAUUAAAAGAGGAAAUAAAACAUCUAAAUCUCCAUCAAAAUCACCACACAAAAGUGAGUUAUUUAAGAAGCCAAAGUACAAAUCUGAAACAAUCCUUGUAUCUAAAGAUUUGAAGAUGGACUCAAUGAAGGAUCCAAAAAAGGAUAAUGAUUCAAGAAAGUCCAAGGAAACAGAUACUGAAUCCAUUUGUUCAAGGGAUAAUGAGUGUUCAAAGAACAAUGCUAAUAAAUCAGAGACUUGCUCAAAAAAUUGUUCAAAUAUGGAUUUAAUUAUAUAUUUAGAAGAGUCUGAUGCUAGAUCCAUGGAUUUUAAUGCAUGGUUAAAUAAUUACUCACAGAAUAAUUCAAAGAAACCUACAAAGGAGUCAAAGAAGAGCUCUGAUGCUGAAUCUAUAGAUUCAAAAGAUGCAAAAAAGGAUAAGAAACUAACAAAGAAAGAUAGUAAGAAGGAUAUAAGGAAGGACACAGAGUCUACUGAUUCCGAAUCUGUAGACUCAAAGGAUGCAAAGAAAGAUUCAAAAAAGUCUAAGAAAGAUUCAAAGAAAGGUGACAAGAAAAAGAAGGAUGCAGGGUCUACUGAAACCGAAUCUAUAGACUCAAAAGGGGCAAGAAAAGAUUCAAAGAAGGCCAAGAAAGAUUCAAAGAAAGGUGACAAGAAAAAUGAUGCAAAGAAAGAUGUAAUAUCUACUGAUGUUGAUUCUGAAUCUGAAUGGGCUUCAAAAAAGAAUAUAAAAGAUGAAAAGAAGAAUAAGAAGGAUGACAAAAAGAAGUAUGCAGUGAUGGCUCAAUAUUCUAGUGAAACUGAAUCUGAUCUGGAAUUUAAAAUUAGGAAAGACUUAAAGAAAGAUAUCAAGAACUAUAAUGCAAAGAAGAGUACAGAGUCUACUGAUGGAUCUGAUGCAAAUUCCAAGAAAGACCCAAAGAAGUAUGAACUGAUCAACAGUGUUGAGAUUGAUACUGAAGAUGCACUGUAUAUGCUUAAAAAGAUAGGAGUUGAUGAAUCAGAUGCUUCAUCUACAGAUUCAAAGAAAGAAGCACUGGAAUCAAAGACAAAAUACAGAUUAUCCAGGAAGACUAAAUUCAGAGAAAAAGAAAAAGAAAGAAAGCGUACAGGCAGAAUUCCUCCAACAAGAAUGAGACCACCACUACCUCCCUGUGAGCCUUUCCUAUCAUCACCUAAGGUCAAACAUCCCUGCCAGUGCAAGAUGCCUCCUCCUUCACCUCCAAAACCAAGAUAUGCUCCCUUGCCUGAAGCAAAGUGGAUUCAUAAACUGCUUUAAAGAACAACUGAGUGUUUGAUUUCACAGAAUGGCCUUACCACAGUAAACACUAACUACUCCCAAAUGAGCAUUUCUACUUCUGUGGAACUGUAAUAAAUAAAAACAUGUCUUCUGUGAGUAC